AUGUUUGGAUUAUCCGAAGAAAACGACUUUGACAUCAACGAAUUUAUAGUCCAAGAGCCUAUUGAGGAAUCAAGAAAAAGACGCUAUUCGUCAAGAAAACCAAAUGAGGAGGUUGAACGUUUUUUCCAACUAUUAGCGGAAAAUUAUGAUGAAUUAUACAUUGGGAGGAAGGGCAACAACUACAAAAUCAAAUGUGACGUUUCAUGGACAAAGUUUCAUUUGCUCCUAAAUGAAUAUUGUCCAUCAUAUGCGGAUAUGGAAGUAAAGUCUCUGAGAGACUAUUGCCAAAGAGGGCUUAGCAAUAUAACAAAGAAAGGAGACGACAGGAAGUACAAAACUGGAAAUGAACAAAUUAUCCUUAAACAGGUAAUUUAAGUUUAGAAGCAUCUUUUCCAUUCAUUAUUAUAUGUUUAUUUCCAAAUGUAGAAAUAUAAUUGAGUUUUUUAGUACGAAGAGCUACUAUACAGCAAAAUGAGCGAGCGGGGAAUGAAUGGGUUGGACGUUGCCUCAACCGAUGAUAUGCCAACGUCGUCGCAAAGGUCUGGGAUUGUGACGUCCUCAGAAGCUUCGUUGAAACGAAAGUUUAACCAAGUUGAUCCAUUUUGA